AUGAAAACUAGCGUCUGUUGUCUGCUUUUUCUCAUUCUACUUUAUUCUUGCGAUCUCCAAGCUAUUGCGCACAACAGUAAGUAUGGACGGAGUGUUUGCACUGUGUUAUGCCUUUGCAGUAUUCCUGAACAAAUAAUUAAUCAGCCUUUCCGCAUUAUAAAGACGGGACCAAAUUUGCAAGAGCCGUAUUUGAGGCCCCCUACGCUGGCGAACUCACACUGACGCAACUCUCCAAGGGAAUUAUGAUAAGCGGCUGCCUCACUGGGUUUCCACCAAACAGCAAACACGGAUUUCAUGUGCACGAGUUUGGACGGCUGGGGAAUAACUGCCUAGAUGCGGGAGCACAUUAUAAUCCCCUAAACAUGCAAGUUCACAUCAUUUCUGUCCGAUGGUAGUUGUUGCUCUUGCCGCUACUCAAUGCACUUUUAAUUUACAGCGGGGUUCUUGAAAUGUUAAGAGGUGUAAAGAUUUGUAUCUUUGAUCCAAGGAUAAUUCUGGGACACCUACGGUGUUAACAGAUGUUUUUUCUAAAAAAAAUCCGAAAUUUUCAGGAAGAAAAUCUGUCACUUUUUUGCUGCGAGACGAAAUAUUACAGUUAAUGACCACAAGCAUCAAGUCGGGUCCAUCUGACGAUGACAUUGAAUGCAUUGUGAAGGUCUUAGUUUUAUUCUGCGUGAGGUACUUCGCCGUGGUUACUUGACUGUCUCCAGUUGUUGGAAGUUGCGAACAACGGACGUAUUUUUGAGCCGAAAUAAUACAUAUUCGCUUGAAAGUACCGCUCACCAACCUAUCUCGAUUGCAGGUUUUGUCACAAAUCUUCUAGGUUAUUGAUUGUUAGCGGCCGACCAGCGGCCUUUGAAUGCUCUACACUGGGAAGGACUCGAUGCAAAAAUAGCACCGAGGCCCUGAUGCAAUAGUGGAACUGUUAUUUUGAUGCCCGAGUGGCAAAAGGUCCGGGUUGGAGUCCCGGUCCGGCAGACUUGAAUUUGGGGUUUGACUAAGUGUCAACGGUGAACAACCCAAAAAUGCCUCACUCCAGUCUCUCGUGUUUUGUGGAUUAAAAGGUCAUGUUUUCCAUUUUCUUGAUAGUUGAUUUGGCAAAAUUGAGCGCAUUAUAGCCUGUCCUGGCAUUCAUAUUGAAUUUUGGAAAACUAUGCCAAUAGAUUUGAGUGUAAACAUUUGAAAGCGAAGCCAAUUGGUUUCGUUCGAUCCGGGUGAUACUUCCUGGAAGCUGUGGUCAAAUACGGAUCAUAUACAGACCUCGGUCAGACACAAAACGGUCUGGAAAUAUGGGGCAGAAAUAAUAUCGAGUUUAUGUUUCCGACUUUCAAGAAGAAUUAGACUCUAAAAUGCUGUACACUAUGAGAGUGAAGGACACUUGACUAAUGUGGAAGUAGGCAAGCCGUGAAGCCGUCUGGUCAGAAAAAUUACCCAUAUAAUCUCACACAUUCCUGACCACUUAGUCGAACAGUCGUAAUUUAUUUGCGUUAUUUGUAACUGAAGAUCGUAUUUUCAUGACUCAUCUGAAAAAGACCCCGGCCAGAUCGCAGCUGGUAUCCAGGCCCGUAUUACAGGUGGCUGGGAGGUUUUGUUUACUGGGGUUUUUUGUGGGGCUACAUAGGCACAUCUGACCCAUUUGGCUUCCGUUUUGCGUUUGAGGUUAGGAUUAGGGUACCGGUUAAUGGUGUCUGAUUUUCGGGUUAGGGUUAUGCUCUUUAGGCUUAGGUUUCGGGGUUACGGUUAGGGUUCGAGUUUACGACUAGGUUUCAGUAUUGCGGUUAGGUUUUACAGUGAGGGCUAUGUCUAAGGAAUACGGUUACGUUUACGAUUUCGGUUAGGGUUAGGGUUAAGGUUGCCGUUAGGAUUAACGAUUAACGUUUAAGGUUAAGGUUAGGGUUAAGGUUAGGAUUAGGGUUAAGGUCGCCGUCCGAUUCCCCAUUCCUGGCUACCAACUGCGAUCUAGCCAAAACCCCACUCUACUAAGCGAGACCCUUAUAAUCAGGUUCGUCAUCGGUAAUGAUAAUUUAACACAAACUUUGGUGCGACGUUGACCAACAGGGUCUCAUUGGAUUUCUCUUCGUCCAUACUUGGAGCAGUAGCCAUGGUGUUACAGGACACUGAUGGGCAUUCGCACAAUUCUAUUUCGAUGAGGAAGUACCAAAGUACCGCCUAUGUGGGCUCCAAAUAAGUGAUUCACAACAAAACUGUUUAAUCAUUUUCAGCUCUUAAGUCAGGAUAGAUUGUUGAACACCAGUUCAUUUACUUGAACAUUCCUGAUCGCAAACACCAGGGCGUAGCCCUGCGGCCCAAUGGCGAAGUUUUUAGCCCAAAGACCAGCAAAUCUGGUAUUUCCAGUCCGAGGUCUGGGUAUGUCUUGCAAACAAUGGCAAAGUUAACCAAAAAACGACUACCUCAUUUUUGCCAGUGUCAUCAGCAUCAGACAGGCAAAUUUACGUACGAACUCUAGCAAAUAUUAUAAUGCAGUAGAUACUCCAACUAGGAAUUUAUUUGGCAUUAAUAAUGCGUCAGUCAUGUCUCUUCAUCUGUAAUAUCUUAUAGGAAUCACGGGGGUAUCCAAACGCCCGUACGCCAUAUCGGAGAUCUGGGCAACCUCCAGAGUGACGCACAGGGGAUCCUUUGUACUAACCAAUACUACCCUGAAAUAGACUUGACGGGAAAUUACAGCGUUCUCGGAAGGUCACUGGUGAUCCACGAGAAGGAAGACGAUCUAGGAACGCUGGAAACCAAAGACAGCCAGACAACGGGCUCAUCAGGAAAACGACUCACCUGUGCCGUGAUCAAUCCAAUCUGAGAAAAUACAGAUGCUCUGCACUUUUUUCGACUGCUUAGUUUUUUUUAUUAAACAUGGAGAAAUAAUGACGAUCAACAGUCUAAUUUUUUCAGUUAGUGUCUCUCUUACCAAGGAAAGAGAAAGAGGUUGAUAUUUUUUCGGGAUCUGGCUCUUCCGGGGGCAAGACACCUUUUGGUGCUUUGUCGUACUGCCAGUGACCAAAGGUCUGAAGAAAGUUAAAGGCCAAAGAAACGGAUUGCAGUCAAGUUCAUUAUCGACAAGUGGCGGAGCGCUGGUAGAGGGACGCUCACUGAUCGUGUCACGGUGAGCGCCCCUGUACCACUGUAUAUUCCCGAUCGCUGUCGACAGGACAAUGAGCCCCUAACUCUGUGGUUAAAGGCGUUGGACUUCUAAUCGACAGGUCGCAGGAUCAAGCCCCAGGUGUUCCACACUUCAGGGCUGAGUAUGGCUGGUCGACGAUAGCUAUUAAGCCAGAAAUGGCCAUUCCAGUCUCCCUUGUUCUUGUCGAUAAUGUUAUGGUAGAGCGUUCUCCAAAACCAUUUGACGGACUGAGUACUGGGUUUACUUAGAAUGCCACAGACCAGUAAGCCAGUAUUGUGUACAGAACCCGGGGUAGCUGGUGCGGACGAAAACGAAGCCUGGAAAGGUCAGGGCAUGUGCUCACUGCUUAAGACAGGCCAGAGAGAGAAAGGGGAGGAUAGAGGCAGUGGUGUCAUAUGCUUUUACUUCUGCGUCAGAAUGAGGUCGAGACUGCUUGUGCCCAGUUUUGUGUUUUGCCCUAUCCGAGGCAAUGUGUAGUGAAUCGAUCUGCACUGUAUCCGCUUGAAGAUUACUCACGUGACGACGCCAUAGUAACUGGCCUGAUGUUUGACACUUUCCGUCCUUUAUUGGCGGACUAGAGGAUUAAUUUCAGUUAACUGGAAAGACGGCUGUUUUUCCGAAAAUCUGCUCAACUGGUUCCCGUAAAACCAAUUUCCAUUUAUGUUCGAGUUUACCUUCUUAUCUGCUGCUAUUUGGAAGGCAAGGGGUCAACUCGCCGGAUUAAGGGGUCAGUGUAACAGUGAUCGUACAGUCGAUUGGCUGUGCGCGUGUCUGAAACUUCUUGUGGUGUAGUAAAACUGCCAUUCACACACGGUCACCAGGUCUUAAGGCAGUUGUGGAAGCUGAAUUGGCACGGGUUUAGAAUUACUCCGUCAAUCUGUUUGCAACCAGCUGGAAGUUGCAUUUGCGAGCGCAUGAUGAGGCUUGCCUUCUCAGUUAAUCACGCAAAUGCCGGUCACGUUAAUCUCUGCUUCUGUUGUACAAUAGUGCUAUGGCCGAAAAACUAGGAGUCAUAGAUCAGAAUUCGGGAAAGGUUGAUUAGGUUGGGCAAGAUUUACUGAAACAGAAAUCUUAGCACGCAGUCACUGCAAACUGUCUCAGUCUGUCAGUCUGAUCUCGAAAAAGUCUUGGUGGUCAUAUCUCCGAUAUGACCAAGUCCACCGUCCACUAGAACUACGCUGCGACGGCUCCUUCCGGGUUGGCUCCCGAGACACAAAGACCUUCCGCAUCCAACGCGGAAAUCACGAGGACGUGGUGGGCGUGAACCGCCGUCAAUCUGCUGUCCCGGAGGCUUCUCCGGACGAGCUCCGUGGUCCCUACCCUCUGCUCUUCCUCCCCAACGAUCUGUGCCUCCAUCCCGUCUAUUUCCAGUCCUCCCAUGUCUGCUCACUCCAGGUGCAAUUCCCUCACCAACAUCCAACCCUCCAGUCUCAGAAUACACCCGCUCUUCUCCUGUGCCCCCGUACAUAUCACCAGCAGUGGACGUCGAGUUCAUUUUCCUGGCUGUCUCAUUAAUUUUUUUAGACGUGGACAAUGCCAUCGACGUCACUACAAGCCGCGCUCGGUCUAGUCUGGGGGUACUGUGGCAGUCCGCUCCCGAGAUUGCCGCCACCGCCGCCGCUUCAUCAUGUAACCCCUCCGCCUGCCUCACGCUAUCUACUGACUCAUUGCUGAGACCACGUGAGACUGGGCACCAGUCUGGUGAGGCCUCAAAGCCAAUCAGCACUCACACUUCACCGAUUGGCUGCAGGCGGGCAGAAGGACUGAGUGACAAAGCGCCGGCGAUGGCGAUCUUGGGAGCGGACUGUCACAUCGUCUUGUCUUAGCGUGUGCGAACUCUUCUGCACAGAGCAACAGAGCAAAUCCUAAAGCCCGGAUGGACAGGGUUUCUUCCGCGUCAACUUUUAUGGGCGAGACUCCCGGAAUGCAUAUUUUCCAGGCGAUUAGUCCUAAAAUUCCCCAUUUAUUUAUUUACUUUGUUUAAAGUGAAAAAUUGUCGUGAAAUUCAAAAGACCGGAGCCCUAGCCUGGAAUAUCCUGUGUUGUAGUAGACUUUUUGGAAGCUUCUAAAAGCAAAACCCGUUAAAUACCCUAUCAAACAGAUACGCCCUUGAUGUUGGCUGUGGAUAUCUAGUGAUAACAGUAUAUUUUUGGGCUUUUAAACUUUACUCACCUGAAGGAACACGAAAUGGUUUAAAAUCUAACAGAGAACCCCAGUGUUUAUAGCAACUCUCAGAUUAGCUUAUUAUUUAACUGUAACCUUGCUUAUCUAUGCCGUUAUAUUGUCCAUUAUGUUACAUGCAGUCGUAAUUAGCCAUACUGCAGACAUUUUAUAACAAGAUAAGGGUCUUCACCCAGUUGGGUUUGUGCUUAUCAGGCAUUCUUCACAAAUAUGAAGAAUGUUCAGGCCAGAGAUUGUUCCUUUUUGUGGGCGAAACAGGACAGCAGAAAGAGUAUGCCUUCAGUUAGAAGGGUACAGUCGGUCCUGCGGUCAGGAGCGACGUGGGUGGUCCUUGACGAGACAGCCUUCAGUUACACAAAUGCAACUUUUUACUGGCGGUUAUGUUACACGCUUGCGUUUUUGCUUACUGGCCCUGGAGAGACCUUCUUUAACCGUCUACUUUAACAGGACUAUUGCAAAGUAUUCUCAAAAUAAUUGGCUAAACCUCCUAAAAAAAUUUUUCCAUGUUAGUGGGUGCUUGGGCAGUGAGAUAGGUAGCAGAACAGCGCUAUAUAUUGCCGAUAGAAGUGAACAGGGUAGUUUCAGGAACCAGCUCAGAAGGAAAAAAAGAUGCGAUUACUAGAACAAGAAGUUUAUUGGUCUGACGUCUCGGAUUCUCACUCAAACCCAUCAUCAGAGACGGUUAUAGAUAAAGGUAGUGGAGGCACAAAGACGGCGGUAUUUAUAGUACGUAGCUGCCGUAGGGCCACGUGCGUACUAUAAUUAACAUCUCUCGUGAUUACCGCUGGGGGUCGCAAUUAGGGCAAUGAUAACUCAUUAGUCUGCGUCCAAGUCAUUAAUUGCUGCAUUUUCAUCAUCGGCGUUGGAUGCUGACGCGAGGAUGACUUGACAACUUGGCUCGCUGUCGCUGGGAUUGUUGAUCGCCCGCUCCCUCCCCACGUGACUGAUUCCCCUGCUCAGGAAAUGUCUCAGCACUGAAUAUGGUACCGGGAGAUCAUUGCGCUUGUUAAUGGAUUGCGGACCUGAGAACCAUGAUUCAAGCAGAUCGCGGUUCACGCGGUUGUCAGCCCCUGUGUGGAUUUCGGCCUCUUAAAACCUGAAAAUAUUGCCAGGUUCCGUGGAAUGAGCUGCUACCUGAGAGCUGGCAUCUUUCCUCCUCACCGCUGCUGCGUGCUCAGCCAUGUGCGUUCGGAAUAAUCUCCAAAUUUUUCUGACGUAGUUGCACUGUACGCAACUGUAUCAGAUCCGGUAAAUGACUCCAGACGUUUCAAGCCGUGUCAGCGGGUCUUUCGGCCUCAUGACUUGGCGCCUGAUGGUUGCCUCCGGCGUGUGUGCAAGCCCAAAUCCCAGUGGAGUGAGAAGGCAGUCGACCGCUUCCGCGACGUUCCUAACGUACGGAAGCGCUCGCCAAAAUUUAGGGCCGGCUGGAUUUGAUUUUUGGUUUCGUCUGCGUACGCAAUUGUUGACAAAGUUGCGCGGGAAACCAAGUGGCUCUUAGUACCCAUCGAAGAUACCGGAAUCCAGCAACCUUGUCUCCCGCCUCACUGCAGUGCAGUUCAACGCGCCUAUAUAGCGCCUCUACGUAAGGGCGUUUAUGACCGACCAGACGGUUACUGUUAAAAUUAAGCACCGGGAGAUAACUCUGAACGCGCAUGACUGAGCACGUAGCAGCGGUGAGCAGGAAAGACACUGCAGAUCUACUCCCCGUAGUGAGAGGAUCGACUUAUCCCACCAGCUAGCAAACUUUCGAGCCGCUACUUUUAGCGCGUCGGGAUAGUUUCAAAGUAUGUCGAACUUAGUAUAGUGAGGAAUACGCCGAAAAACCGCAGGAGAAUGUUCUCCAAUGUCAAUCUCACUCGUUCUUCCAGUUUGCCGGUCGUUUAGUGUGGAGACUGGGGGAGCCGUAUAUGCAAUAAACUUACCAACUCAUGAAAUAUGACGAAAUUAACGAGACAUUGCCAAUUACUUGCAAACCAGACCAAAACUUCGAAUUAACUCUAAACGGCUUUAAGUGAAUUGUAAUCCUAAAAGAUAUAUUGAAGGUAAUCUUAUUUUGCUUAGAAAUAACAAACUCUUUCGAAAUUUGAAGAUUUAAAAUGAUGUUGGAGAUCGUUGUAACGGGACAAACUUAAGUUUUAUGUGCACAGAAAGCCUGUCCACUCAAAGCUGAGUAAAUAAAACGGUAAAAGUAAACCGAAAUGUGAAAAGAGUCCUUUACUGAAGUUUGCACUUACAUAUCCUCUGGGAAUGAAUGUAAUGUCAAGUAUGUGAUUAGCCAAGAGCCUAUAGUUUAAGUAUAGAUUUCACAAGAAAUGACUCUAUUUUUCCCGUUUCCACAUCUUCUGAGAUGCGGUUGGCUAAGGCAAACAGGAAUUCUCUUGAUUUCGCCAAUGGGGACCUCACGUGAAUAAAAGUUUCCAUAAGCUCGCAUGUUGACAAUCUCGUCAGCGACAAAUAAAUUUGAAUAUAAUUGGUAGCCGCGAUCGUAAAUUUACUAUUUUAUGCAUAUUUAGGCAAAUUUCCUUAAGGUGUUGUCCUGUGGGGAGCAAGCUAAGUUUUAGAUCUUUGUUAAAAUACCGGUGAAUAUUUCACGAUUUUUAGCGUGUUCAGCUGGUUGCACACAGACGUAGAUACAGUUCUAUUUAUCAAAACCUCCAAAAUAAAAUAUUUAUUGGAGGCAUUUACCGAAGAAGUGUGUUAAUUCAGAUGACAGUUUGGACCAUAUUUGUAGGCACACCCAAACAUUAACAAUAAAAGUGAAACGUGAGUAAUGACAAAUUUAAGUGUUGGCUGGUUCCUAACAGAAAUGAAGCUGAAAUCCGGCUGUGAUAUGUAAAAGGAAGUGCGGAAAUUACCAUACGUGAGAGAAAGAACACCUAAAGUGACUUGAGCAGGCAAUGCUCUUGGCAAGUGUCCAUGAAAAUAUGUAACUAAAAUGGACAAGCCAUACAAAAAGUCAUUUAAAACAAUCCCAAUAUACUCUUUUGAAAUUUUUUAGGCAUGUGAAUGAGAGCGAGCACUGCACGUAGUCUUGUGAGCAGCAAUUUUAACAUCAUUUGAAAGGCAGUCAAAUGGUUUGCCGGGGGAGUUUGAUUCAAAAACGUGUCCCAACAUUCCCCCCGAGUCUUCUCCUACGGUAACUGUCCUACCUCAUGAAAUGUUAAUUGAAAUUCUGAUAUGUGUUUUUGAUUAGAGGGGAUUAAAUAAGUGGAAUAUAAGAUUUAUAACUGUCCAGCAUACUCCCCUGAUAUUUCAGUCACGCCGGGGCACCGGUUUUUGAAUGGACUUACAGUUGAUGUGCUAACUCAUGAAAUCUCAACCAAAAUUUCGAAAUGCGUUCUCGUUUCGAAAAGAUAAAUUAAGUAGUGUUGUAAAACUUAUCAGCAUACAGCAUAAAUCUAUAAUGACCCAGUUACCUCAGGGUGUCUGCUUUCGAAAGAACUUAUUAUCGGCUGCAUGCAGGAUCUAUACUCUGCAAAAAACGACUACUUACUUAGUAUGCAAUUUUCUCAUUGAUUUUCGAUGUCCUUGAAAAUUCAAUUAUAUUUCAUGGAAAACAUGUGUAAAAAUAUUCAUUCUUCUACUUAUUCGGUAGAAAAUCACGUCUUCUUCCAAUUUUAUACUCAAAAGAAAAAUAAAAUUCGGUUUUAAAAAACUUCUCUAAUUCCCGAAUAAUUUUGAACCCGACCUGCUGUUACACUUGCAUUCAGGGUUUCAAAAUUACAAGCUGUAUGCUUUCCGUGUACGGAAAUCAUGCAUUUCUCUACGGUGUUAAGAGGAGACCAUAUGAGGUUCAUAAAAUUAAGCAGUGGGUUUGAGCAAUAUUGUUAACUUUUCAAGCCACAUUCGUAAAUGCAGAUACAUGACGUUUCAUGAACGGCCAUUUAAUGGUAUUAAAAAUCUUACAAUUAGAAACUUUUUUUAAAACCAAAUUAUACUCUUCUUUUGAGUAUAAAAUUGGAAGAAAACGUGGUUUUCUACCGAAUAAGUAAAAGAAUGAAUAUUUUUAUAUAUUUUUCCAUGAAAUAUAAUUGAAAUUUCAAGGACAUCGAAAAUCAAUGAGAAAAUUGCAUACUAAGUAAGUAGUCGUUUUUGCAGAGUAUAGAUCCUGCAUGCAGCCGAUAAUAAGUUCUUUCGAAAGCAGACACCCUGAGGUAACUGGGUCAUUAUAGAUUUAUGCUGUAUGAUGAUAAGUUUUACAACACUACUUAAUUUAUCUUUUCGAAACGAGAACGCAUUUCGAAAUUUUGGUUGAGAUUUCAUAAGUUAGCACAUCUACUGUACUUCCGGCCGCACAAACAAACCACACUAGGUAGAAAAUGACUACGUAAGUAGUAUGCAUUAUUCCUAUUUGUCUUCUAUGUCCUGACAAAUUUAAGUGCAUUCUAUAAAAAGCCAGUACAAAAAUGUCACAUGUUGUAGACGUUUGGUAGAAAAUUACGUCAUCUUCAAGUCGGGCAAGUGAAGAAAGGGUUCCUUAAGGUUUUAGAAAGCUUUAUAGUUAUAAGACUUUUGACGACUGUUAAAUGUUCACUUCCCACACCCCUAUAUUACAGUGAGUGAUCGAUCUCAUGAAAUUUUGGUUGAGAUUCUGAAAGGUGUUUUCGAUUAAGAAGGAUUACUUAGGCGCAGCGUAAUAUUGAUUAUCUUAAGACAUAAUCCUAUAAUAUUUCGGAUUCGGCAGGAUGUCAGAUUUUGAAUGCACUGCUUUUUAAUCUCCUGUAUAAAGUGAAGUCGAUAAAAAAACGACUAUUUCAAUAGCAUGCAUUUUCCCGUUGUUUUUUGAUGGUCUUGCAAACUCAAAUAUAUUUUAUAGAAACCACGAACAAAAAUUUGCUUUCUUUCAGCCGUUUGAUAGAUAAUCACAUCAUAUUUAUAUUUUGCACUUGACGAAGGAGUAUAAUAAGGUUUAAAAAAGUUUUCUAGUUGCCGAAUAAUUAGAAACCUGAUCAGCCGUUGCCUUAGCUCAUAGUGAUUCCAGUCUACAAGGUGUAUGCGUUCCGCUAAAGAAAGUCACAUAUUCUUUUAUGCCUUUAAAGAAGACAUCAUAUAGUGUCUAUAAAAUUUUGCAAUGCAUGCGGACUAUGUUGUGCGUUUCAUUAGGAGCAGUGGUAAACAGACAGGUACGACGCUGUAUGAAUGGACAUUGGGCGGUCUUAAAAAGUCUCAUAAUUAUAAACUUUUAAAAAACCUAAUUAUACUGCUUCUUCGAGUAUAAAUUAUAACGAUGACGUAAUUCUCUGUCAAACGACUGAAAAAAGCUUAUUUUUUCGUGGUUCCUAUAAAAUAUAUUUGAAUUUGCAAGACCAUCGAAAAAUGCAUGCUGCUUAAGUAGUCAUUUUUUUACCGAGUUCGAUUUUUACAGUAUAUUAGAAAGCAGUGCAUUCAAAAUUUGGCAUCCUGUCGUGCCCUAAAUAUUAUUGGACUAUGCCGCAAGAUAACCAGUAUUACAACCGCGCCUAGAUAAUCCUUCUCAAUAGAAAACGCAUUUCAGAAUUUCAGCUAACGUUUCAUAAGAUCGGUCACUCACUGUAUUUCUCCCUAAUUUUCACUACCUGGCAGUUAGCCCUGGAUUCUGGCCGUGUGCGAGGGUUUGAAUUGUGUUUGCAAUGACUGACCAACUGGACAACUCGCCUGUUUUCGCAUACGCAUUUCCCUGUUCUGCAACGCUCUCGCACACACGCACUUUGUCUGCCCCGCCUCGGUUUCCGCUCUGUUCAAAACUGGUAACACUUAUCUUCCGCUCCUUUUCGACAUAACCAAGUGUGCUUGUGACCGUUGGGUUCGGCUACGUGUUGACUGUGAAGCGAAUGAAAUACUGCUCGAAAUAAUCCGCGAUACGAAGAAAAGGCAUGCUUCAGACUCACCAGCGUCGUUGUUCUCCACGGAGCACUUGUCCACGUACGUGGAAACGUCUUUAAUAGACGCUUUCAACAUGAGGAGGAAGUUCUCUUUGAGGGGGAAUAUCACAUUCACGGAGGACUUCAGACUCGUAGACCACACGUGGACCUUUCGCUCAGAAAGGUUGCGCAUUCACCUGGAGGGUCCUUCGGUAGUGAGUAGGUUGUGUGCGCUGGAUCUGUCUUCAGAUCAACAAACAGUGGUUGGUGGAGCGAGCAGCAUGUACAUAGUGCCUACCGGUAGGGAUCAGUGUGUUUACUCAGGACUUAUUCGCCAGCCUUAUUAUGCCAACUGUCUCAUGUCCACAUGGACGUGCAAACGUUAGUUCCAGGGGUUGUCUAUUAAUACGAAAAGAGGUAGAAAAUUAUGACAAAUACUCGUUAUGAUUAUGUAUUCGUUCUUAGAAGAAGUCUUCUUGAGUAGAAUAUACUGCAGCCAAGGCAAGCCGUCUGACGUGGGCGUUUGUCGUAAAUCAUUGGUUAAAGAAUUGGUUGAAACGCAGAACAGCGAUCUGCGUGUCUGUCUGGGCAAGGUGUUUCAUUCAUAGAGCACCUGGGACUGCAGGGGAAAUCAAAAAUCUACAUUAAUGUCUUACGCAUUCUUAAUACCCGGCGCUUCUGAGCCUGUAAAACCCCAAGGAAUCCUCGAACGAGCACACAGGAGGAGCUGUUCGCCAACGAAAAUGUACGGAUAUAGAAACCGGAGAAAAAAAACAGGACACCUAACCUUCAGUGGGGAAACAAUUCCGACACCUCAGACAGUUUCACUGAGAUACCUUUACAUCUCUGGAAGCACCUUCUUUUGUCAGCGUUACAGUCCAAGCCAAUAUGAACCUCGUGACAGCGCACUGAUCAAUGCCGUAGGCAUUUUUUGGCAUGAUCAGGACGGUAGCUGACUAAGCGCGACCAUUUUUUGAUCCCGAAAUUACACUUUUCGGAGUCCGCGCACAAGCAGUCUCAAAAGUAAGGUGGGGUGAGCCUAACGAGGAACGUUCUACCACGAUUAUUAGAGAGUAAAAGGACUUGAAAGCUUUCAGCUGUGAGCGAUGGAAAUCGAUAGUCCUUAUGAGCACGACCUCUGACCUGCAGACUGCAAUAGGUGACCUAUCUGAUGAAAGGUGUCAUGUCUAGUUGUCUCGUUUUCAGAAAUGGAGAAAACUCCGAAAAUAUCGAAAUAGUUCUAGUUUAGUAAAUUUCAGUUUGGCGUACAGAACGCCUGUCAAUGCAAAAAAGACUGAGUAAAUACGACUGCAUAAAUAGGAUAUCAUUAAGCAGUAGCGUUCUAAUGAGGUUAGCAUUAAAAUAUCCUCUAAGAAUUAGUGUAAUAUCAAGUAUGGCGGUUUCCCAACGGCCUACGUCCUUAGUACAGAUUUCGAAACGGUGUCCCGAGAGUUCAUUGUAUUUUUGCCCAUUCGCAUUAGUUGGAAUUGGGUUCGCUAAGGCAAACAGGAUUUUACUUUAUUUCGCCGAUAGAGUAAAUGUUUUCAUAAGGUCAUGUGUUGCCGGGUCGGUCGGGGAUCAAUAAAUUUAAAUACAUAUGGCAGCGGUAAUCGUAAACAUAACGUUCUGUGAGUAUGAGAGGAACUUUUCUUCCGUAAAAUUAAUUUGCACUUUUCCUUUGUUCUCGGCUACGUUAAGUUUCAAAUCGGCCUGGAAAUAUCGCCGAAUGUUUCGUGAUUUUCAGUGUCCUCAAUCAGUUGCCUAUAAAGGCAGGUACAUAUCUGUAUGAAGUUGAAGGCAACGAACUAUGUCAAGUGGAAGGGCCGGUCGCAACAUUUGCACGAAUGCGGAAAGCAAUGUUCCCGUUCACCAAUUAAUUCACGCCCAUCUGAAAGCUGCAGAAGAACACACCAAGCAAAUUAGUCGAAUUUCUGUCGUAGUUAGGAAAAAACUGAAGUAACUUAAAACGUUCUAACUUGACUGACCGAAAUCGAAAGCCUAUAUUCUCGUGAGAUUGGCCGGUCUGCUUUCACGCGCUGGCAUGCGCGUGACCGAUUAGUUUACUAUACAAACUACCUCAUAAAAUUAAGUAGUAAGAUAAACGAACUAAACAUAAGUGGGAAUAUAAGUGUUCAUUAUCAAACUAAUUUGACUGCAACAACGGGGACGUGACGCACAAACACGAAAUCCAUUAAACCGCAGAGCGAACCCUUCGGCAUGCAUCAGGAGCAGAUGUUAAGUGACGACAGCAAGCUGUUGUUAUAAAGGAAGGAGAGCCAAUAUUCGGCCAAUAUUUCGUCGAGCCUGCGUGCAGUUAUUUCAACAUAAAGUGCAAUUGACAUAUUUAUGAUUUUCGUCUGGAUUGUUGCCUAGACGACAGCAGCUUUCACUCUUUUGGGAGGGCGUUAGCGAGCCUGAAAGACGUAGGGAACUGGUCUGAAUUAUCCGAACUUAUGGUAAAACCUAUCGCAAUGGAAUUGAGGUCCUCAUCUCGACCGAGAAACGAUUAACUGUCCUCCAUCCGGAAGACAAGCCACGCAAGUUCCGAUAUCUCUGCGAUCAGUUUAUGCAUAUUCCUUUGUUCCUUUCGGGUUGGCGAGUCCAGACCGCCCCCCCCCUCCAUGAGUCGGCGUCCGGUCCCCCUCAGAUCUGCACGAUCUGGUUGACCGGUAACUUUCCAUACACGCAUAUUUGCGUCAUGUCCAGCAGUCAAAACCGAGGUUCAUUUGAUCGGACUAUACAAUCCGAUGUUCGACGUCGAUAGGGUCACCAGUGUACAGCUCGAAUUACUCCUGCCUCGCUCUGAUUAAAUUUAGAUAUCGACAUCACCUGAAUUGACUGACUGCUGUUAGGUCGUCUGACAGUUUCCAUCAACAUGCCUGCAGCUAGUUGUCUCCAAUCUCUCCAAUCUCAAAAGAUGGGUAGUCAAAACAGCUACUGGAAACGUCCGAACACAAAUACACCCCAUCGCUCUCUACCCCCGUCUUCAGUGAACGCGGCUCCGUGCUUGAAUAACCAACAUGGAUCGCAUUUCAGCAGCAACAAAUACCUUAUGUAUCAAGGCACACACUUUACAUGUCACAUUGCGCCUAGAUAUGUCGAAUUCAAACGUUCGUCCGAAGAAAACUUUUCUGCUCACAAUGCAAGUACUGUGUAAGUGUUCGGACGUGUCAGAUGAUUGCGUGUACUAAAUUCCUGAAGGUUCUAGCAAUUAACAGUUGGAAGUCAUAAUACUGAAAACGAGGACAGCUCUUGUUCUCAUUCUAACCGUCCCAUGCUCCCAAGAAAGCGUCACUAUUUCACUCAAAAUCUAGGCUGAACGCGUCGCCUACGCGUACCACACACGCCACUUGUUUCUUAAUCCAGGUGCGCCAACCCACAAUAAGGAUGACUUGAACCUCGACCAGGCGGGAACGUCGCAAAGGCCUUGAGGGCUGCCAGUGGCUCUUUCUUAAUGUGGCCUCUAUGGCAUUACUGUUGUACCACAUAAUGAUAGCUGACAAAUAGGGUCAUGCGCAAUGUGUAGUCUGACCUUUUUUGCUUAAAAUAACGAAUAAAAACCUUGAUUAGAUGGUAUGGAGUUUCAGACAAUUAAUGGUUCCUACUGUCAUGAAAUUAUAAACAGUUUUUGUGGGUAAGGACACGAAGUAGUUAAAUGUUUGGAAACACACUUUUCUGGAAAUUGAAAGCACUGCAUCUACUCGGGACGCUUCACGUGCUGCGGGGAUAGUUUGCAAAAUAAGACGGAGGAUCUAGCUUGUGUGUUCAGGCAAUUAUGCGACGCUGUGUGAGCCUUCCGGGGUGUAGGUGUUCUAGUAAAUUCCCUGUCAUCGAAUAAAAUGGAUGGGUGGGGGGGACCAGAUGCCGAGGACUACUGCCACCGCAAGCAGCAUACUGAUCGUCUCCGGCAUGUGAGGAGAAUAUGACACCGUGCACCUCAGGGGUUUUUCCAACACGCAGAUGCCUGCAGGUGAGAUGAGGCGAACAAUUAAUAGGAGAGCGAUAGUAGCUCUCACCCCUGUGUUAAUAGAGAGCCGCCUGCAACAGAAAUCAGCCCUCAACUGGCUCUGAUGGUCUGGAGAUAUUUAAUUGGAUGGACCUCCUACGGAUGUUGAAAAUCCUCAACCGCUUCUGAUGAAAAUUAUUUUGGUUAAACGUGUUUUUCAGAGAAGAAAUUUAUCCAUUCACAGUGGCAUGUAAAUUCCGUGAGGCGAUGAAACGCAUGGCGCCCUAAAAAACUCGCGAGUUGUGAGUUAAACCGUUUCAGCAAAUUGCUCCACAAACUGAAGACCUUCGAUUCUGGCUUCCCAAAACAGUCGCUGCUUCAAUCCGUGAAUGUUAAAAAAUACGAAGUCGGAUUAUUGGAUGGGAUGGAAGGUUUUUGUGCGCAAUGACUAGUCGUUUCUCAAUUUUCCCACUCGCAUUCUACUUUGUAACAAACCACUAAGUGCAAGUCGGUCUGCACUCGUAGGCCGUUCACGAAACACUUCCCUCUGUCGCUGAACCAGUGAAUCGAAACCUGGUACACUUAUUGGUUCUUAAUUGUAUUGUAUUGUAUUGUAUUGUAUUUUAGGGUAAUAGGCAAUGCCCUUGAUGACCCUAUUGAAAACGGUACAUAAAAUAUAAAUGUUAAAUGUACAUCUUACUAAAAUUUUGUCAGUAACAUAUUUGUUCACGGGAAACUUUCACAAUGCGGGACUGCUAAGCGUGCGGCAGGCGGUCUUCUCAGUGUACACAUGAAAUUUUAAGUGCAGUUAUAUACAAUCAGCAUAAAGUGCAGUCAUUUGCAUAGUUUGAGAGGGGGCAUCUCAUUAAGAGUCAGGGGUGUGUUAAGUAGGGAUGAAAUCAAGAAAUGAAAUUUAUGGCUGGCCGCAGGUAGUCCUGUUGUGAAAGUCGUCGUUUAUCAAAUAUCAAACGAUCCAGCUGCCUUUUGAAUACAGCGGUUGUAGCAGAUGUCACUAUUUCACUUGGGAGUGAGUUCCAUGGCCGAACAACACGCUGGCUGAAGGAAAACUUCCGAUUGUCUAGGCGUGUACGCUCCCGCUUGACUUUGUAAGGGUGACCGCGCAGGUGACUCGUGGUCGUGAAUUCAAAAAAGUCGUCAGUUUUGAGCGAACAUUCCUGCCCGUGGAUAAUGCGGAAUGUCCAUAAUAGGUCACACCUCAUUCUUCUAUAGGAUAGGGGGAACAAAUUUAACUGGAUCAGUCUUUCUGGGUAUGACAGAGUCCUGAGACCGUCCACCAGUUUUGUAGCCCGUCGUUGCACCUGCUCUAUGGCAUCACUGUCUUUCUUCAUCCAGGGCAUCCAUGAUGGCAUUCCGUAUUCCAAGUGCGGUCUGACGAAUGUGCCGAAUAUCUGUGAGAAGAGUUCUGGAGGAAAGAUUUUGAAGGCACGCCUAAUCCAGUGCAUGGUGCUGGUUGCCUUUUGGACGACUCUUUUGCAGUGCUGAGAGGGCAGCAAGUUUGAGCAUGUCCAGACACCUAGGUCUUUGUGCGUGUCCACUUCAUUUAGUGGAACCCCAUUUAUGAUGUACUGGUGUUUUGGGAAGCGCCUCCGUCCAGAUUCUAGUCGCAAGACUACACACUUGGAUACGUUGAACGCUAGGAGCCACUUGCUGGACCACGCAGCCAGCUUAUUAACAUCUUCCUGUAGCUUUUGCGCAUCUUCAACGCAGCUGAUUGUUUUCCACAUCUUUAUAUCAUCCGCAAACAUGAUGCCAUCGCAUUCAAGGUCUGCAGGACAGUCAUUUAUAUAGAUGAGGAAGAGGAGAGGACCCAAGACUGAGCCCUGCGGAACGCCGCUUUUUACUGGCACCCAUUCGGAUGUAGUAGCACCAACGAUGACUUUUUGGAGCCUGCAUGACAGGAAACUUUUAAUCCAAUUAAAAAUGCUGCCCUGUAUUCCACACUCCCAAAUCUUCUGUAGCAGUCGUCCAUGAGGAACGCUAUCAAACGCCUUCUUAAAGUCAAAGAAGAUGACGUCCACUGGACGGCCCUGGUCUGUGGCUCUUGUCCACUUUUCCUGAGAGUAAAGGCUGCUUGUAAGACAGGAGUGACCACGACGAAAUCCGUGCUGAGCAGCACAUAACAGGUCCCUCUGCUCCAGAUACGACAUUAAAUGCCCUUUAAUAAGUCGUUCCAUUACCUUGCAUAGAAUGCAGGUUAAACUAAUAGGACGGUAGUUUUCGGGUUCCAGUCUGGAUCCUCCUUUAUAGAUUGGAGAAAUAUGGGCCGUUUUCCACUCCUCCGGCAGUUCGCCUUCUUCCAUGGACUUCCGAAAUAUCAUGGACACCGGCUCACAGAGUACAUCAGCUAAUUCUCGGAGGACAAGUGGAUGAAUUCCAUCUGGACCAGGUGAUUUGGCAGGUUUCAGCCGGCGUAGUUCGGUCCUUAUCAAUGUAGGUGAGAAGAAAAGAUUGUCUUCCAAUGCAGGACAGGAGGGAUAUUGUCGUUGGUCUACAUAUGGCAUGGCAGGAGGGUUUGUGUCAUGAGUGAAUACCGACUGAAAGAAAUUGGAGAAGGCUGAUGCUUUCAGGUGGUCAUCCGUCUCAAUUACUCCGUUUUGGGAUCUUAGCGCUGGAAUCGGUUCACGAUUGCUCUGUCCCUUACGUAUGUAACUAUAGAGGAUUUUAGGAUGCUCCAAGGAAUUUUGUAAUAUGCACAGCUCAUAGUUGCUUCGAAGUCUAUGAGCCUCGCGUUUACACGCAUUCCGCUGUCGCUUGUAUUCCGUCAGGUCUUCAGGACUUUCUGUUUGUCGAUAGCGUCUCCACACUUUAUUUCUCCUCUUAAACGCGGUUUGAAGUUUCCGGUUUAUCCACGGCGGACGGUUGCUAGUUUUCUUUCGUCUGAGUGGACAGUUCAGAUCAACGAUUCUUUUGACCAGUGAGCUGAACGUGCUCCAAUAGUCAUUAACUGUUCCUUGUAAUGUGGUUGUCCACGGUAUUGCUGAGGCUUGCGUUCGCAUGCUAGAAAAAUCCCCCUUCCAGAUAUUUGCCUGUAAUUGUUCAGGUGAAUUAGGCUGGGAGAACAUGGAAUACUCGAAGAGCAUCACAAUAUGAUCACUAGCACCAAUUGGCGGGAGAUCUUGUAUAUCCAGCACACUCUCCUCAUCUCGAGUGAGCACCAGAUCGAGGCAAUUUGAACGUUGCCCUUCCCUAACACGUGUUCCGAGAGUUACAUUCUGGAAAAGUAGUUUUUCUGCUGCCAAUUCAAGCAAAUGUUGCCCGAAUGUGUUCGAUGGACCCGCAACCGUCCAAGCUUGCCAGUCGAUAUUGGGGGCGUUAAAGUCCCCUACAAUAAGGACGUCUCUGUUCGAGCAGGUCUUGCUCAGUUCCCUUAGGAGAAGGCUAUCGUGUUCGGAAAUCUGGUUUGGGGGACGAUACACAACUGCAAACGCCAGCGGCCUGGCAUAUUUGGUGGAGAUAGUUAAAGAUAGGAAUUCGACUUCCGCUGUUGUUGUUGUUGUUGCAUUAUGCUCGGGGACCGCGGUUAGGUUGUAGCUAACAUAGACAGCGACCCCUCCUCCUCGGCUUCUCCUGUUCGUAUGCAUGAAAAGCGGCAGUUGUCCGACGCUGUACCUGACCAGGAAAAGGCACCCCUCGGGAUUGAUGGCUGUCAACUUGAAGAAGUAGACGGUUUUAAAUACCUCGGGGCGAGGCUGCUGCCUAAUGGACAUAAUAAGGACGACAUUGUCUCCCGAAUCGAUGCUGUCCGCUGGGUUUUCUCAAACCUUCCGAAAUGCCUAUGGAUCCGACGUGACAUCUCCAUCGCCAUUAAGAUUCGCGUGUACCGUGCAUCUUUCCGGUCUGUCCUUCUCCGUGGUUGUGAAUGCUGGGCUUUGCGCGUGGAGGACGAGCGAAAACUGGAGGCAUUUGACCACCACUGCUUGAAGACCAUCGUUCGAGUGAAGUUCACCGUCUUCGUCUCAAAUGAGACGGUCCGCGCUCGCUGCGACAACAUCGCAAGGAUAACUCAGGCCAUCCAAGAAAGACGACUGAGUUGAUUCGGGCAUGUUCUUCGUCGUCCAUCUCAGGAGCUCAGUGUUACUGACCUCGAUCCGGCACUGUUGCCUCAUUGGAGGCGUCGAAGGGGGAGUCGGUUCAAAACCUGGCUCGAUACAGUUUGUCAAGACAUGGAGGUGGUUUUUGGACCUUCGGUAUUCGGUCUACGUCUUUGGCGAAGGGAAUGGGUUGAGCCGUCCAGAUCUCAUGCCGCGGAUCGUCACGCGUGGAGAGGUACAGUUCGGGACAUCAUCGAGGCCGGCUAGAUCAGGCAUAAUCGCAGCCGUAUCAAGUACAAGUAAGUACUGUACCUGGCCAAGAGGCUUUGUCCCGUAUGCGGCUGCCACAUCCCAGUAAGAGCUUCAAUCGGUGGACCAAAUCAGAUGAGAGUGCCUGGUGUGCCCCUUCACCAAUCCCUGUCCCCUUCUCUCCCAAAGCAAAGUGCCCGGAUGGUUCGUUCCCCGUUAGGCGACCCAAUGUCCAGCCGGCCGAACAGGAGGACGGCCCUGUCGUGCUGCUAGGUGAACGUAGAGGUCCAGAGUGAGACUCGCUUCCCUUCUCAAGGACAGGUGAGUGAACAAGGGGAAGGAGAUACCUUCUUCUGAAGCGGAGGUUCAGAGGCAGCGCCACAGAGCUGAAGUCGCUCUCGUCAUCAAAAUACAUCAUAAGACGGCUGUUUUGCCUCUUACAGGCAGCCAAAGAUGUUCUUAUGACCGUGCGACCGCUAGUUGGUUCGUCAUCGGCGUCCAUGCUCCCUCAUUAGCAAGUCCCAAUCAAUUGUAAGACGAGUCCUCAAUUUUGACUUUGUUGAGGAUAAAUAAUUUUUUUGUUUUUGGUGUCUUCAGUAGUCACAAAGGCACAAGUCACGAUCCAUGGUGUUAGAACGUUAGGCAGAAAAUAUCCGCAGGAUCAACGGACUCCUUCUGCCUGUAGGCUGACAAAGAACACGAUCUUCCCCUCACCACCACAUACCUUUCGUCCGGGAAGAACACAACGUGAAGGCCGCUAGGUCGCGCUGUUUGCAACCGCUGGGCUGCAUUCUCGUCAGGAAGCGAGUUCAGUGUAAUGUACACUAGGUGGGCUAACUCAUGAAAUGUCAACCGAAAUUUCGAAAUUCAUUUUCGUUUCGGAAAGAUUAAUCAAGUAGGGUUUCAAAACUAAUUAUCGUACAGCCUAAUUAUACAAUAAUUCAGUUACCUCAGGAUGCGGGCUUUCGAGCGAACUUCUUUCCGGCUGAAUGCAGAAACCGUACUCUGCAGAUAAUGACUACUUAAGCAUCAUGAUUUUUUCUAAUUGAUUCUCGAUGCCUUUAAAAAUUCAUUAUAUUUUGUGGAAAACAUGCAUGAAAAUAUUCAUUCUUUUGUUCAUUCGGUAGAAACUUACGUCUUCUUCCAAUUCUAUAUUCGAAGGAAAAAUAUAAUUCGGUUUUCAAAAACUUUUCCAAUUUCUAGAUGAUUUCGAACACGACCCGACGUUUUACUUGCAUCCAGGGUUUCCAAACUACAAGUCGUAUAGUUUCCACGUAUGGAAAACCAUACAUUUCUCGAAGGUAUAAAGAAAAGACCAUAUGGGGAUCAUAACAUUCAGCCGUGGAUUUGAGUCAUAUUGUUAACUUUACAAGCCACAUUGGUAAAUGCAGAGGCCUGAGGUUUUGUGAAUGGCCAUUUCACGGUACUUAAAAAUCUCAUAAUUAGAAACUUUUUUAAAACCGAAAUUUACUCUUCCUUCGAGUAUAACAUUGAAAGAAGACAUAAUAUGCUACCGAAUGAGUAAAAGAGUGAAUAUGUUUAUGCAUGUUUUCUACGAAAUAUAAUUGAAUUUUUAAAGGCAUCGAGAAUCAAUUAGAAAAAAUCAUGAUGCUUAAGUAGUCAUUAUCUGCAGAGUACGGUUUCUGCAUUCAGCCGGAAAGAAGUUCGCUCGAAAGCCCGCAUCCUGAGGAACCGGAUUAUUGUAUAAUUAAGCUGUACGAUAAUUAGUUUUGAAACCCUACUUAAUUAAUCUUUCCGAAACGAAAAUGAAUUUCGAAAUUUCGGUUGACAUGUUAUGAGUUAGCCCACCUGCUGUACUGUACUAUUAACAGACUCUGUCUGCGGAAUGUUGACUGGCUGCUGUCUUGUCGUUUUUAAAGUACGACCGUGGCACCAAACCCGCAGCCAAGUAACAUGCAAAUCACACAGACCUUCAGGCACACAGCUAUUGUCCAGUUACAACGUGCAGAAGAGACCAGUAAAUUUACGACAACCGUCAGUGAAUCUUCCUCUUCAUUCUCGAUGACCAAACCUCCACCUAGGUGCCAGAACCUAACACUUGGAGCAAUGACAAUUUCCCAAAGUCAUUGUGGAUUCCACAUUACCCACAUUGAUUUAAUAACGGCCUUCGACGCAGAGAGCUGUGACGAGCUCUGAAAAACGAUGUCGGCAUUCUGAUGUCCCGAGCACUUCAGAAGGAUAUUUGGGGAAUGCGCCAACCUCGGAAGCUUGUGCGGUGAACUAGGACCGCGUAUUCGCUCCCACUACUUCAGCCCCAUGUUCUCCCCUAUGCCGAAGGAAACAAAUCAGUAGGAGUGGCCAUGGAUAAACAAUUGUCGAAACAACAGACAAUUACUUAACAUCUAAUGCAUCCAAGCAUAGGCAAAAGUACCCAAGUCCAAAGUCCCAACCUCUUAUUCACAGAUGUCUGUGCGCUAAACACUACGACGGGAGCGGCCAUGCGACAGUUCGAUCGUCCUUGCCGGCGAUGCCCACCAUAUGCUCCACAGUAAGGUGAGAGCAGGGACGGGGACAUGUGCGUGAUUUAGUUUAUAGUGAAUCUAGACUUGCUCGGUACCUACCGCAUUCUCUCCUCCCCCACCCGGACCCGGUAUCAAUACAGUGACAAGAAGACCCGAGGCGGAUGACGUCGCAGAUAAAUGGCACGGUCGAGCCCGUACCUUGGCGCUCCCCAUCCUCUGGUCCACACAGCAAAUGACCACGAUUUUAACCAACAACAAUGGAGGGAGGUGGCCUGAGACCCGGUAUGCACGACGUCUGCCGGCAACCGGGUCUGCCACCGCACCCAGAAAUGUUGGCAUUUGUUAUGUUGCGCAAUCAUAUAACGCCUGCCAGAAUCCAAUAGGGCCCCGUGAUGGUCCAGCGCAUCCACCGCAUGGUCUGUUUGGGGAGUAUGCGGCCAUGCAGCGAUGCGUGUAACUACUUACUUCUAAUUGCUCAACCUUUAGACUUCCUGUCAAUGUGGAGAAGACAGAGGAUAUGGACGAUCUGGCGUCAACCAAAGAACACAAUGAACUCAUAGUUGAUAUCAUUGAAACUCGCCUCAAAGAUGUGCCUCAAGAGACCCAAAAAUGA